CCAGGCUUCCUCUUAGGAAGCCCAAAGAAACGCAAGCCUGUGGAACCACUUCUUUCAAGAUGAAAAUGUCAUAAAAAUGAACAUUCUCUAUUAGUCACACAUGAACAAUGGGAAUCUGACCACUUGACACAUGUGUCCCAGACUGGCAAAGCCAGACAGAGUGGUUGUUAGGAAGACAAUAUACACCUACAGGGUAGAAUUUCACUUUUGUGUUUGUGGUCCUCUGAAGGUUGGCUGCAAGGUGGACUUCAGCUUCCUCUCACUGGGAGACUCAGCCAGUAACUUUCCAAGUCAAAGUGCCCUUCUGUGUGAGUUGUUUCCCCAGUUAGCCUGUAAACUUCUUGAAGGUGUUUCACAACCACUUCACUCUGCAUCAGUUUAUACCAGACCUCCUUGGUUUCUUUGGAACCAUCCAUCCCCUGCGUCGUUUCUUACAGUUCAGACUGAAGGCACAUCCUCUGGAUGCAGUAAAGGCAAGAUGGCGCUGGUUCCAUAUGAUGCCCAAGGAAUGGGGAUCCAGAAGUUCCAUAAACCUCUUGCUACCUAUACAUUCGUAAACCACACCAUCCAGAUCAAACAGGACUGGAAGCAGCUGGGGGUGGCGGCUGUCGUUUGGGAUGCGGCCAUUGUUCUUUGCACUUAUCUGGAGAUGGGGACUUUGAAUCUUCGUGGUCGCUCUGUGGUGGAGCUGGGAGCUGGGACAGGACUAGUGGGCAUCGUGGCUGCUUUGUUGGGUGCUCACGUCACCAUCACAGAUCGGAAAAUAGCUUUAGAAUUUCUUCAGUCCAAUGUUCAAGCCAACUUGCCUCAUGAUACACAACCGAACGCUGUGGUGAAGGAGUUGACUUGGGGGCAAAACCUAGAAAGCUUUUCACCAGGAAAGUUUGACUUGAUCCUUGGAGCUGAUAUCAUAUACUUGGAAGAAACCUUCUUGGAUCUCCUUGAAACCUUGGAGCACCUGUGCAGCGACCACUCAGUAAUUCUUCUAUCCUGCCGUAUCCGCUAUGAACGAGAUCAGAACUUCCUAACGAUGCUGGGAGAGCAUUUCACUGUUUCUGAGGUUUACUAUGACCUUGAAAAAGAUGUUCACAUAUAUAAAGCCCACAGGAAAAACCAGAAGGAAGAUUUAUAAAGUGGAGUUUAUUUAGUUUAUUUAGAAAUACUCUAAACAUUCACAAAGGGUGAUCUCAUCGGGCAAAUGCUGGCAAAUACUAAAUCUAAUGUUGUAGCAUCACCUUUGGUCCAAAUUCCUGAAUCUGGCAAAAUAUUCUCAGGCACUUCAAUGUCAACAUUAAUCUUGUGAGAUGCUCCUAUGGAGAGGUUCUCAGAUACAUCUGGAUAUUAGUUAGGAUAGGGACUGGACAUAAGAUUUAUGACUUCCAGAGAAGAAAAAUCCUCCUACAAGGGUAGAUCAAUACCUUCCCUGAAACUUACUGUAUUACAAAGUUCCUUAGAGAACCAAGAAGAGAAGUGACUUGGCUGGGGUCAUUUAGCCAAUGUGUCAGGUAGUCUUGUGACCCUAGGUCUUCUGUGGUUCUGGGGCAGCUCUGGAUGUUGAGCUGAGUCUCACUUGGAUGUUGGAAGGUCGAGUUAAACAAAUGACUUAGAAUUCCUUGUGAAAUGUUCAGUGUUUACUAUAGAGUUUUCAUAAUGUGAAAGAUAUUUAUACAUUCCCUAACUUUCAUUUGUAAUCUUGUCUUUCUUUGUUGGCCCUGGGUGGAUCUUUUCUACUUUUGUUUGGUGGCUGCCAUUUGUAAUUAGGAUGUAUACAUUUUAUAUUUUCCAAUGUCUAUUUUCAUUUGCAUAAAAAUAGGAUAAGAUGAUUAAAAAAUAUUUUAGAUAUUUUGAAAAUGAGUUUUUAACUGAGAAAAUAAAUAAUUUUUUACCCUUUAA